AUGCAGUAUAGGCCACCUAAUAUAAAUGUAAUAUCAUUUCAUUUAAUUAUUUAAUUUUUUACUGUAAAACAAUGUAUUUCUAUGUCUUUUUAAUGAAAUGUUACAUUUGAUCGAGAUGGAUAUUGUAUAUUUUGUUACAGGCAAGCAUCAGUUGAAAAGAAAAGGGCAUCAGUGAAAGAUAGGCUUGCAAAGCAUAGGGAAAAAAUAUACAGUAAUCCAGUGUUACUUGAGGAGUACAGAAGAAAGGAGAGAGAAAGGUCAGGGGACAGGGCGAUAAUAGGGAGCAUAUAUAACUUGGAUUAUUUGUUUUAACCAACACUUGCACUCAUUCCCACACAGACACAUGUAUGCGCACAGAAACAUAAGUACACACACACAAAAACACACAGUUGCUGACAUGCAAAUGUGAAGGCUGACAUAAUUGUACAGUAUACACUAUAUUGUAGAUACACACACUCUCUUUCACACACAUCACACACAGACGUGUGUAUGCGUGCUUACACUCACACACGCAUGCGCACACACACACACACACACACACACACACACACACACCUACCAUUCUUAAAUGAAAUAGUCCAAAGUUUGUAUUUAUGUCAGUGCUUACUGCAUUUCACCUUUCAUUAUUUUUUUCUUUUUCAGGUAUCGGAAACGUAAAGAAAAUGGUAAAAUUAAGACUACUCAGGACCUCACAAGUAGACAGCAUGAGAGAAAAAAAAAAUGUGGAAGAAAAAUUCGGCAAAAUAUUACAGAAAAAAAAAGCAAGAGCAAGCACUUCUAGAUCUAACCCCAACAUCUUCAUUAAGUGAGACAGAAAAUUCCUUUGGAAAUGAAGAAAAUAACAGACAGGAACUAGACACAAAUAAUGAAAGUCUGAACAGAACACCAGCAAAAGAAAGUUUAGACCUGAAAGGGCCAAUUGAGGCAUCCACCCCCCAGAGAACACGGCCAGUCAUUAAAAAAAGAGAGCGGGCAUCAAGGACUGUGGCCAAAUUAAGAGCAAAACUAAAGUAUGUUGAAGAGAAACUUAGGGCAAAGAAAACACAACUGCUUACACUAAACAGAAAAAUUAGAAGGCUGGCGGCUAAUAGAACAAAAAGUGCAAUGUUACAAGCAAAUAUUUCACAGAGGGUCAGUAUCAGAGAGGCUAAAAAGGGACUGAUGAUCAAUAGCAGGCGCAAACAACUUGACAAGGUUGUGAGCAUGUUCCUAUAUCGGGAUGAUGUCUCAACUAUCAUAAAUGGCAAGUCUGGAGAGAUUUGUCGCAAGGGACAAAUUUAUAGAAAAAGAGCACUCACAGACACCUUGGCAAAACUCCAUCAACGCUUCCUUGUUGAACAUCCUGAGCAAACAGUGUCCAAAGCUCAGUUCUUUAGAUUGAGGCCAUUUUGGAUUAUUAGGCCUAAAGUUAAAGACAGAGAGACGUGUGCAUGUAAAAUGCACGAGAACAUUGGCUUUAAAUUAAAAAGAAUGCAACAACUAGGUAUCAUUGAAACAUCAAGCCCAGAGGAUCUUGUGCAGUCCAGUGUGUGUGACACUGGCAACAUGUCCUGCAUGUACGGCAGAUGUCAAAAAUGCAUUGAAAAGACCUUUCCCACAUCCUUAGAUCCUCUCACUCAGGGGAACACUGUCAUCUGGCAAGAGUGGGUCACAAGGUCUGUCACUGUAACAAAGACCCUCAAGGAUGGAUCUACAGAGGAAAGGCAGACAAAGAAAACGGUCCUCGAAAAACGUACCUCAUCCAUUGAGCGGUUGCUGGCCCUAACAACAGAACACCUUCCAGGUUUUGCCAUUCACAUGUUUAAUGUCAAGAACCAAUAUUUGUCAUUGAACGCAAUGAAAGAUACCCUGACAGAUGAUGCUGUUGCUGUGCAUGUAGAUUACAGCGAAAAUUACAGCUGCAAAUAUGCCAAAGAAAUCAAGGACACCCAUUUUGGAACUGGGAAUGAUCAGGUAACCCUCCACACCGGGGUACUCUAUCUCAGUAGGGGCAGAGUGGAAGCCUUUGCAUCCCUCUCAUCAUCUCUACAGCACGAUGCAGUGUCAACCUGGGCUCAUCUUGACCCAGUGCUGAGAUACAUACUAGGAAAGUAUCCUGAAGUCCACAACCUACAUUUCAUUUCAGAUGGCCCAACUUCCCAGUAUAGAAACAAAACAUCUUUCUAUCUAGCCUCCACUGUGCCCUUUAUGCAUGGAUUUGAAUGGGUGACCUGGAACUAUACUGAGGCAUCACAUGGCAAAGGUGCACCAGAUGGAGUUGGUGGGGCCUUGAAGAAUCUUGCGGAUAGAAUUGUUUCUUAUGGGACCAGUAUUCCUGAUGCAGACUCUCUGUAUGAGCAGCUGAAGAACAAUUCAUCAGUGACUCUGUACAAAGUAUCAGAGGAGAAAAUAAAGGCCAGCCACGAAUUGGUGCCCCCCAACCUGAAAGCAGUUCCUGGAACACUGAAAAUACACCAACUGACAUCCACAAAACCAGGAGUCAUAAAUACACGGGAGGUGUCAUGCUUUUGUGGAAAAAAUUGCCAGUGCUUUUCUACAAAUUGCCACAUGUUCUCUGAGGAAAGAGAUGAGGACCCUGACAGAACAGAGGCCACCAUAGAGGUUGGACAGUGGGUCCUGGUUGAAUACGAUGGUGACUUGUUCCCUGGUGCAGUCACACAGAUUGCUGAAGGGCAGUAUGAAGUCGACACCAUGAAUUGUGCAGGGGAGAACCGCUUCUAUGUACCAAGCAUCAGAUUUCCAGGAGAAAGGGUCUGGUACUAUCGUCAGGACAUACGGGACAUAAUCCCAGAACCACUUCCUGUCACCUCCUCUGCUAGACAUUUCUGCAUUUUACCUGACAUAUGGGCAAAACACAAGAAAUGCUCAUGAAUGAGUUACAGUUGAGGGAAAACGUUAUUGGUACAGAGCAGUCGUUCCAGUUGUUUGUUUUAGUUGUUUGACCAACUCAUAAAUCGAGUUGCUGCUAUUCAAGUUCUUCACAUUAAAUUAUUUUCAGAAAAAGGUUGUGUGGUUCAAUGUCAGGACCAAAGUGUUUUAGCUAAACUAAAUUCUUUUUACAAGAGCACAUGAUGCUUUUACAUUUAAAUGUUUCUCAGGACCACAUGAUGAUAUGUUACAUUGAAAAAGUUCUCAUCACAUGGUUGUAUGUUUAACUAGAAUGAUAAAAUGUAUACUAAUGGUUGUAUAAUUGUUAGUACUAUAGUGUAGGCUACAUGACAUGAUUCUUAAGAAGAGCAUAAGAUUGUAACUUGUUAACACAAGUCAUGGUACUGUGAUGAUUACGAUAAAUGAGAAAAUGAAACACUCUUUAUGAAAUAAAUGUUCUUUUAACAAUUGUAUGAGUUUUAAAUAUGUAAUAUAGGGUUAGGCAUCAAACCCCUUUGUCAACAGUGAAUUUGUGAGCUAAAUAUCAUUUCCGAAACAUUGAUCCUCAUUACCGAAAUGUCAUUUUCAUUACCGCAACAUGUAUAUUUUUUACAAAUUAAGCAAUAAUUAGAUAAUCAUAUUUUGUUUUAAAAUGUAUAUACAUAUUAUACAACACUGCUUAUUUAAAGUCUGCUACAUGACAAAUGUGUAUGGUAUCUUUUAGUAAAACAAUUAAAUAAAAGAAAUUGUAAAUCAUCACGCAUGUUUCGGUAAUGAGAAAAUAAGGAAAUUACAAAAAAUAAUAAAUAUGAAAAAGUAAUCUCUCCAGAGUUUUACAUAGCUUUGAGCAUGAGUAAUAAGGGUCUACUUUAACAUUAGCCAAAAAUAAAAAAAAUUAACCAUAUAUUUAAUGUAAUGUCAUGUUGCGGUAAUGAUAAUUUUUUAUGGACUUCAUCUAAAAAAUGUAAAAAUUAUAUAGGAAAUAUUUUUUUAAAUCUUCUAAAAAUAAUGGUUAUAGUAAGUUCAGACCUCAAUCUUAUAUGUGCAAAAAGAAAAUUGGCUUCAAGGGCAUUUUAAAAAUUCUGAUGCUAGACACCUGCUAUAUCUGGAUUUCAUGAGAAUCACCCAUAUGGAUGGAUGUUGGAUGUGUGGAUGUGUGGAUGUUGGAUGGAUAUUGAUAUAUUCUUAUUUAUUUUAAUACAUUUAUUUAUUUUAGGGCCUGAACACUGAAAGUGUGUGGGGCAUAUGUUAAAUAUUUCAAAGGAUUUUUCAUUUCUUUAAAUAUCUCUGUAUCAUUAUUUCAAAAUUUGAGGCUUCACUGGAAAGAACAACUUGUGUUAACAUGACAUUAUGGAUGCAGUCCAAUCAAACAUAAUUUCAAUGCCUAUAUAAGAAAAACUGUUGGGUUUACAUAAAAGUUCAGGCUGAUGUUGUUCAAACAUUGAGUGCAGAUUGUACAGACCUAGACAUUAAAUUAAUAAUUUGUUUUAAUCAUUUCAUAAAAAUUUUAUUGACUGACAACUGUGUGGCAUAAACUUUGUCAUUACAAUAAAAUUGGUCAUUUCAGUUUUGUCAUAAAACUGUCUUUGAAACCGUAUGUCUUGUAAUCUGUAAAGGCAGUGUAACAGAAAUGAGUCGAACCAGACAAAUUAAAGAGUCUAUCAAAGCUGUAUGCAUUGAAACACGAGAGCUGAAUUCCUCAGGAAGUCGUAAAUCACUUCGAGUGCCACAAGAACCAAACAAGAUGACCAACUUGUUCACACAACAGCUUUGAACAUUAACACCACUAGAGCAAUUAUUUACAAUUUCAAUUCGAAGAAGAGAAAUUUGGUGUCAAAUUUGUUGUUCGUAAUUGAAAUGCAACGCUGGACAUCACAUGGAAACCCAUGAGUUAUACACUUACAUUGACUUCCCCCCCACCUAGCAGAACCAGACUGAAAUUCCUAAAGUGGGGGAAGGGCUUUAAACCUCUAUCUUCACAGAAAAGUCCUUUGCCAGAGAAUGCCAAAGAAACUUCUUUUGUACAUGUAUAUGGACCAGAGUGAACUCAAAAAGACUUAUAAAUGAAUCAGUCCAUCGCAUCACUCUAUAUUCAUUUAUGUGUAACCCACACAUUUGAUUAUCAUGUUAUAAUCACUUAUUGUGUAUGCUUUUUUUAAAUAACUAUGGUAUAGCUGAAGGUAGUCGUGUUUGAUAUGUGUGUGAUUAUAUUUUCUUGCUUGAUAUUGUCCUGACAAUCAUUUAUUUGUAAAAUAUAUCAUAAUCUGGUAAUAGGAAUCAUGUCCGAAAAUUAGACCCUGCAAAUUCGGACCACAUGCUUGGUAAGAUAAACAAAUGAUUUACGAUACCCCCGAGCCAAGACAAUAUCUGAUUGGUCAAGACAAUAUUUGAGGCAUGGCCAACAGGCCUCUUUAAAUACUUUGGACACCAUGAAAUUUUGGCUUUUUAGUUCCAGCCUUGUUUGUGCUAUCAGUCAUGCCUUGCUUUUAGUCUGUUUUUAGUCAGCUUUUUAGUCUGCUAUUAGCCAUGUCUGUUUCUAGUCUCUAGCUAUGCUUCUGCUAGCUUGUAGCUCCUAGCCAUGCUGUGUAGUCAUCACUGCUCUUUGAGCGCUGUUCCAGCGUGCUUGAGCCUGCACGCCUGCUACUUAGUCACAAUGAGAAGGAACACAACCUAGUCUCGUCAAACUUUAUUUCUUUUCUUUUCCGUUUGAGAGUUUCGUGUUCUGAGUUAAGUUUUGUAACGUCGACCUCGUCUGCGCGUUUCAACUCCAACCAGCCACACAGGACUCUGCACUUUCAGCCAACGCCCAACAACCACGGGCUCCCCAAGACGUCACUUCAGCCACUACUGAACUUCCAGCCAAUCAGCGACACCGGGAUACCCCUUUCAACGGGAGUCCCUUUCACAGGAAACGAAGGCAACGUAUCCCCAGAUAAUUGUUGUGCUGGUGUAUCUAAUAUAAUUUUAGUCACAUUGAGGAACUCAAUGCGAGGGUUAAUUAAGUGAUUGAUGGUUGUUCAUGUCUAUGCAAUUUAACGUAUUGCUGUUAACUUGGGAUUCCAUAUUUCUAUUCUCUUACACUCAUCUUUCCCUAACUUUCGAUCUUCCUGCAACUUGUGUGAAUGUGUGUGUGCGUGCGUUUAUGUGUUAGAUUAGUUUAUAUGUCUUAGAUUUAUCUAAUAAAACCUUAUUCAUAUUGAAAAGAGAAGUAUCUUGUGUUUUGUGCUUACAAGUUAAUGUCUUAAACUGCCGAUCUUGUUACUGUGCUAAUUGAU